CAUAUAUACCUACAACCAGGUAUAUAGCCAGUAAUUCUUAAGCAUAAAGCAUUAAACCAACAACACAAGCCCCAUGUAUAGAUUGGAGGAUACGAAUAGCGGCGCCGUUAUGGAUAAGAACAAACAGAAAUUAUCCGCUGGAUAUGGUUCCAGUGCGGGCGCCGUGGACACAUCGCAGGGCAGCGGGAGCGGUGGUGGCAGACAGCGCCAUGCGCCGCUCUAUGGCCGCUUUGUGGUCGAAGAGGAACUGCCUGCCACGCAUCGUGAUGUCAUGCAUCAUCACUCUAGUCCUUCGUCUUCGUCGGAGGUGCGAGCCAUGCAGGCACGCAUUCCCACACACUUUCGAGAUCCGGCCGCGGCACCGUUGCGCAAGCUCAGCGUCGAACUGAUUAAGACCUACAAGCACAUCAAUGAGGUUUACUACGCGAAAAAGAAGCGACGAGCACAGCAGACACAGGGCGACGAUGACUCGUCAAAUAAAAAGGAGCGAAAAUUAUAUAACGAUGGCUAUGACGAUGAUAAUCACGAUUAUAUAAUUAAGAAUGGCGAAAAGUUUCUGGAUCGGUACGAAAUUGAUUCAUUAAUCGGCAAGGGAAGUUUUGGUCAGGUGGUUAAGGCCUACGAUCACGAGGAGCAAUGCCACGUGGCAAUCAAGAUAAUUAAGAAUAAGAAACCGUUCCUAAAUCAGGCACAAAUCGAAGUCAAGCUGCUCGAGAUGAUGAAUCGUGCAGAUGCUGAAAAUAAAUACUAUAUCGUCAAGCUCAAGCGUCAUUUUAUGUGGCGCAAUCAUCUGUGCCUCGUAUUCGAGCUGCUAUCGUAUAACCUAUACGAUCUGCUAAGGAACACAAAUUUCCGUGGCGUCUCGCUGAACCUCACGCGCAAAUUUGCGCAGCAGCUCUGCACGGCGCUCCUGUUCCUGAGCACACCCGAACUGAACAUAAUACACUGUGAUCUGAAGCCCGAGAACAUAUUGCUAUGCAAUCCCAAGCGAUCGGCCAUCAAAAUUGUUGACUUUGGCAGCUCAUGUCAGCUGGGCCAGCGAAUCUAUCAGUACAUCCAGUCGCGGUUUUAUCGAUCACCGGAGGUGCUGCUGGGCAUACAAUAUGAUCUGGCUAUCGAUAUGUGGUCGUUGGGCUGCAUCCUGGUCGAGAUGCAUACGGGAGAGCCGCUCUUCUCCGGCUGCAACGAGUUCGAUCAGAUGAACAAGAUUGUCGAGGUGCUGGGCAUGCCGCCCAAGUAUCUGCUGGAUCAGGCGCACAAGACGCGCAAGUUCUUUGACAAGAUUGUCACCGACGGCUCCUAUGUGCUGAAGAAGACACUUAAUGGCCGCAAAUAUAAGCCGCCCGGUUCCCGCAAACUUCACGAUAUACUGGGCGUUGAGACGGGCGGCCCGGCCGGUCGCCGUCUGGAUGAGCCCGGACAUUCGGUGGCAGAUUAUCUAAAGUUCAAGGAUCUAAUAUUGCGCAUGCUGGACUUUGAUCCCAAGACGCGCGUCACACCGUACUAUGCCUUGCAGCACAACUUCUUCAAGCGCACCACGGACGAGUCGACCAAUACGAGCGGCGCGGGCGCCACUGCGAAUGCUGGCACAGGUGGCAGCGGCAGCGGCCCCGGCGGCUCAUCAUCCGCGGGCAGCGGCAGCGGCCCCGGCGGCACCGGCGCCAGCAGCAGCGGUAGCAGCAGCGUUGUCUCCUCCAGUGCAGCUGCAGCAGCAGCAGCUAUCAUCGCUUCCAACUCCUCCUCAACUGGUGGGGGCAACGGCAACGGCGCCUCAACACAACAACAACAACAACAGCAGCAGCAACAGCAAUCAUCAGCUUGCGUCGUCGGCAUCGAUCCCCAAUGUUUAGAUGAGCGCCGAUGACCAGCAGAGGCGACGACACCAACACCCACAGCAACAGCAACAGCGGCAACAGCAACAACAACAACUGCAACAGCAACAAAAGCAAUGGCAAAUUAGGUCUCAGGAUAAGAAUAGCUGUUGCAGUUACAGUAACAGUAACAGUAGCAAUAGCAGUAACGGUAACGGUAACCGACUGACUGCAAAUCGAAAAAAUAGUUGAGCCAGAAUCGCAGCAGCCGUUGUGCUAUCGAUAUCGAUAUGUUUGUAAUCGAUAAGCAUCGUUGGCUUUUUGGUUUCCACUGCGUAUUUCUAUAGGCCGUCUAUUGUAAAUAACCAGAGGCUCCAGCUACUCAUAACAUUUUUCCUAAUGUGUGGCGCGAUUAACUCUUUUUUUUUCCUAAUACUUAAU